CAUGAAUAUUCAUGAACCAGGCAUUUCGCCAUUGUGAUUUGUUUGUGACUCAAAAGAAGAAAGCGACCACCGAAAAGUAGCAGCCACAAGCAGGAAAAACCCCCGCAAGAACCACGUAAAAAUAAUAUCUAAAAGUCUUAUACACUAAAGGAGAAGAGAAAAGUUAGUGAAAACGCGGAGGGUUUGGGAAAAUGUCAGGAACAGAGUUUGACAAGGUGUUACUGUACAAUUUAUCCGCGUCUGUUAUGAAUGACUUCACUCGGGUUAUGGACUCGCUUUCAAACUCAGACUGGAUAUCUUUCGCUUCACAAAUCAUAUCAGAUCAGACUGAACUACGCCUUUUGGAGCAAAGCCCUCGACGGACGAGUAACCUCAUGCACAAUUGGGGUUGUCGCAAUGGGACAGUUGGAGCACUGCUGAAGAUUCUUGAGGGACUCCAGUGGUUCAGAGCUCGUGAUAUCAUUCUCAAAGCACAACUAUGUAGACAAUUUCCACAGAAUCAUAAAGAGCAACAACCCAGUACAGUCACAUUUAUCAAAGAGCAUCUCCCUGUCCCCGAGAUCAGGCCUUUACCCAGGCCUAGCCCUCCACCACCUGACUCCGUGAGCUCAACAAUCUCAAAAACAACUGAAGAGUGGCCGUGCGAGAACCGUGUAGAUCCCCCGCCUCUCUCCUCCUCUGCAAUGAGCUGGCCGUUUGAGGAAAUACAGAGAGGCACCUGCAACUUUUCCCCAUGCAAGCAGAUUGGGGAAGGAGGUUUUGGACACGUGUAUAAAGCUGUGAUGAGAAACACUGAGUUUGCGGUGAAGAAGCUGAAAGAGGAUUCUCACUUGGACUGGAAUGUCGUGAAGGAAAGUUUCAGGACGGAAGUGGACAAACUCUCUCAGUACAGACAUCCCAACAUUAUGGACUUUGUUGGCUACUGUAUUUCAGGACAAACUUACUGUGUCAUAUAUGUUUAUAUGCCCAACGGCUCUUUAGAUGACCGGCUGCGCAAUGAGGACAGCAAUGCCCUCUCUUGGUCGCAGCGUGUAAAUGUGUUGCUGGGAACUGCAAAAGCUAUUCAGUACCUGCAUUCAUGCUCACCUGCUCUUAUUCAUGGAGACAUCAAAAGCUCUAACAUCCUUUUAGGGGAUCAUCUUGAGCCCAAGCUCGGGGAUUUUGGAUUGGCGCGUUUAUGCCGAAAUCCUAAUAAAACCCCAGGCAAGACAUCCACUGUGGCUCAGACUGCAACGGUACGAGGAACUCUCGCAUACCUCCCGGAAGAAUACCUCAAGGAUGGCCAGCUUGGAGUGGAGAUUGAUGCCUACAGUUUUGGAGUGGUCAUGCUAGAGGUACUCACUGGACGACAAGCUCUUGAGGUUGAUUCCCAAUCCAAAACAGUUUUCUUGAAAGACCUGGUAACAGAGGAGGAAGAUGAUGGGAGAAGCUUCAGCAAAGCGAAGCACUCUCGAGAUUUGUCCUACGGUCAAACAGCAGAGCACAUCUGCAAAAAACAUCUGGAUCGUCGACUGACCGCUAAAGAUGCACCUGCAACUCAUGGGUCAGCGGACAUCGCUCGGCUGGCAUGUCAGUGUUUAGAGCGGAGGAGGAAGAAGAGACCUCGCAUGACAGAUGUGUUCAAAGCGCUUCAGGAUGUGCAUUCGGGGUUGAAGAUCUCCGACAGAUCAACCACGAUCAAUAAGUCUCCUGUAGCCACACCUGAGCCUCUGCGCUCCGACAGCAGCUCCAUAGACUCUCUCUCCCAUCACUUCUCCAAACUCCGGCCUCAGGAGGACACGUACCCCUGCGUUCACAAGCCUGUCUUUCACACGUUGACUACUACAGUGACUACAGAGUCCGGCUGCUCGGUCUCGCAGCUGAAUGAGGAGUCGUGGGCUUCACAGUCAUCUGGUGUGCCUUGCGAAUCGGAUGAGAGUCAAGGCUUUUCUCAGUACUUGACGAGCCAUUGUAGCAGAUCUAAGUCAGUGUCGUGUGGAGCCCAAGGCAUUGAGAGCACUAAAACAGACAUUUCUUCAGUGGAAAAGCAACCACAGAUAAGUCCAAAUGAAGGUUUUUCUGGACAGAAUGUUAUCAUCAACCCCGCUAGGCAGCGAUUGGUACAGAAAAUGGAGCUUUAUGAAGAAGGGAGGAUUUUAACUUCUGAUUUGUUGUCGUCAGGCGCCUCACUAUACCGAGGGAUGAGCGCUCAAACCAGAGAGCCAGAAGAGAGUGAUGAGUUUGCAAGUGAGACGUCAUCCGAUGCUGUUUAAAGAAAGAAACGCACAACAGAUAUGUUGUUAAAAUUAUUACUAUGGUUAUGGUAGCUAUACCUUUAUAAAUCAUUCAUAAAUACCUCGGCCAAAGCUGCAGAUUUAUACUCUUUUGUCUAGUAAUACCAAGUGAAAUGUGGUACAGAUCAUGAAUGCUCUGAAAUUUGAACUUGUGUGUAUUGACGAAAGUAUAAAUGUGUGUAAUUGAUUGUUUUUAUGCGCCUGUUAUUUUGGCGAUCUGUCUGAUGUUUUGUUAGUUGUUUUUGCCAGUUCUCAUUGAGUCAAGUUUAUAGAUUACGGCCUUGUUAAACAGCACUUGGGAAAUAUUAUUUUUAAAGAACUUAUUUUAAUAGCAAUGAUAGUAAUUUUGACUUCAAAGGUAUAUAUUGAUGUAACCUGUGCAAUGUUUGUCAUUUUAACUACAGCUAUACCAAUUCAGCAACUUUUAUCUGAAAUAUUCUGUCCACUUUUAUUUAUUUAUUUUUUUUUUAGCAAAGCUUCAUCUGUUUCUGUCUUCUAUUUGGCUGUCCCACACUUUGUUACAUUUACUGUUUAUUUGGGCACUGAUGGUCCAUCUAUUAAUAAUAUUAUUCCAAAUCUUCAAAGAGAAUUAACAUUACUGAGGGUCUAAACAGGCUAAAAAACUCACAAAACUUGCAUCUGAUAUUGACCAUAUACAAGCGGUUGUAGCCAUUGGAAUCUUUUUGGCUCGAGACGUCCGCUCUCAUUCACUUCCAUUGAUUUUUAGACGUUAAAAACAGCUCAUUAUGCUGCUUCAUGUGGCAAACUGAUAUUUUCUUUUUAUAUUAUUAUAUUUUUUCCGUACAGUCAUGAACACUUUUUUGCACAGCAAGCAAUUUGUGUUUUCUGCCAUUUAUUAUUCCUAGUCAUUUCUCCCAUAGGAAACCGAAUCAGAAGUUCUCAAAAAAAAAAAAAAAAAAUGAGCGCACUUCAGCAUGCUAAAUAAGGUCAAUAGAGACUGGGCUCAUUUAGGCCACGCCCUCUACCCCUCCCCAUAGGAGGAACCUUUGUUCUAGUUCGAGAAGUUGCGCUCUACUUUUGUGUCCUUAAACACUCAUUUUAUUUAGGUUGACAGGUUUUAAAACUUUUUUCUCUAUUUUUUUUAAGCUUGUCUACUUUACAUAUUGUCACCAAGCAACUUGUAGACAUUGUUUUAUUAUUAUUACUAUUUUUAAUCAUCAGAAAGGACAAGGAGUCAUCCUCCCCCUAUACAAAGUGAGUGGAGGAUUUUAGAUCAUUACAAGUGUUGUUUGGAUUGGCUUUAAAUCUACUAUUUUGUGAUAACGGAAUAGGAAUGUGAUUUAUGAUCUUAAGUUGUUGUUUAUUGUAUGCACUGACUUAUAAUAAUUUAAAGACUGAUUCCAGACAUGGCUAUUUAUCAGCUCCUUCAGCCUGAUCUCAAAAGGAAACGUAACUGUUUCACGUUUUUUCUGUUUACUUGGUAAUUCGUAUGAAUUCAGUCGUACGAAUAUGUAAGAUUUUUACAAAGGAGGAGUGGCACCCAACCAACAUUGGGGAAUGAGUAAAUUGUACGAAUUAGCCACUGAAUCAAAGUUACGAAUUGCCAUGAGAUCGCGUUGGCUCCUUUGAAACAAACAAUAUUUACUUUUGAUCAUGUCAAAAAAACUGUACAUCUCUCAUGGUUAUUCAUAUGUACAUGCUUUAUAUUAUCGUUUGGUUUAUGCAGUUAAGAGUAACAGGAUGUCAAAGCUAGUUUAUUGCAUAAUAAAUGAUAUAUUUCAUAUUGUUUCAUGUAUACAUGUGUGUAUCUAAGGUUUCUUUGUUGAUUUUUAUUACAAACCAAUUGUCAGCUUUAGAUUUUUAUUGUGAAUGUCUUAUAAUUUUAUAAAAUCUAUUACAAAUUUUUA